GCGCCUUUUACAGGUUGUCGUCUGUUUCAAUUGACAUCACUGGCCCUUGAACUCUGUAAUCGGCAUGGAGGCCAAUUCAAUUUACGUGAAGACCCACCUACUUUUAGUAUUGGCUCGUAUUCCGACCUACAUAACGAAUGUGUACAAAGGUAGAAAUAAGUGAAGGAACUCCAUCCGUAUACUCUAUCACAUAACCCUUUUCUCUGAUAUUCUCAUUUGAAAAAGUUUACUGACAUUACCUGUUGAUUUUAAUAUGGGCUUUAACAUUUGGUCAGAAAAGCCAAGCGGAAGCUUGCCACAGUACUCACGUUUGCCACAGCGAGAGCAAGCUGAUACCCACCCUCAUUCAGCAUCUAGAGAAACUCCAACUCCAUCAAACGUGUUCCCAUAUAUUCGUUUCAUUCUAUACUCAAUAACGGGCGUCGCAUUCAUCACAUCUUUUCUUUGGGCCGGCCCCACCGCUCUUCGUGAAUACCUCAAUGCCCCAUCCUCCUCCGCUGCUCUACCAACCAUCACAAAUUCCUCGACUCCAACGAUUAACCUCGUAAUCGCCUCCUUCACAUCGAAAAGCGAUUCAUCAGGAUGGACAAAAGGCUUGAAGAAAGACAACCUAGCAAUUAUCCAACACACUUCUCCGGCGUCCACACACAAAGGUUCUGAAGCCCUCAUCUAUUUGAAAUACCUCCACCAAUAUUACGAUAAUCUACCUUCUGUUUCCAUCUUCCUCAACAAAUGGGAAGCGACAGAGCUUAGCUGCCCAAUCUCCGAAACGGAUCUGAUCAAUCGUCUUGACCUCGCUACUGUUCAAUCUCGGGGCUUCCUCCCCUUCUGUUUCCAGGAUGCAUCAAGCAUGGGAACCAAUGAUUCCGUCAUCUCAUUGUUUCAAAAGAGCUUUCCAGACAAGGAAGUACCCAACAAGUUUUCAGCUCCGUGUAAUGAAUUCGCGAUUUCGAAGGACGCAAUCCGUUCAGUACCAAGGCAACAAUACCUGCAUCUUGCUAAUAUGUUAAGACCAACAUGUGCAGAAUCUGACGCGGGGAAAGAGUGGGACGUUAUGUGGCCGUACCUCUUCCUACAAGAUGAUACAAAUGAAGUUGCUGCUUCAGAAGCCUUAUGUCAAGGCUGGGGAAUUUGCUUAGGUUCGGAGGAUUAGAAACGCUUCAACGGACUGUGCUACAAGAUGGAAAUAGAGUAAGGCAAAAAUUGAAAUUAGUUAUUUAGUCACCUUGACGUCUUUCUCUAGCGGAAACUAAUCUCUUGUUUGAUUAUUAAUUAGGAAUUCAUAAGUAUAUACA